CGGCGGUACGGUGCGUAGUGUUUACUUUGCUGAAUAUUAUUCAGUCCGAAUUCGUUAACAGCCGCUAACGGUUUGCUCCGGCUGCUCCGAUCAUCUAUAUACCCGUACGAUCCUUUAAGGAUAUAGCCCCCAGGCCGUAACAGAAUGUCGAAAGUGUCGCAAAGUGCUGGCAACGGCAACAACGCCAACGGCAUGGAUGUGUACAACAUCUUCCUGCUGGUGGUGGACAUCCUGCUGCUGGUGGUCAAGUUCUGGAUAGCGAUCGUCGAGUCCGUCGUGGGCCUCUUCCGGCCGGCGCCCCUCGAGGAGGUGGGCGGCAAGGUGGUCCUGAUCACGGGCACGGGCCACGGCAUGGGCAAGCAGAUGGCCCUGCAGUACGCCAAGCUGGGCGCCACCAUCCUCUGCUGGGACGUGAACGAGCAGACGAACAACCAGACCGUCAAGGAGAUCCAGAAAAGCGGCGGCAAGGCGUUCGGCUACGUGUGCAACGUCACCAAGCGGGAGGAGCUCAUCGAGCUGGCCCAGAAGGUGCGCAAGGAGCACGGCUUCGUCCACGUGGUGGUCAACAACGCCGGCAUCAUGCCCUGCCACCCCCUCCUCGAGCACACCGAGUCCGAGAUCCGCCUCAUGUACGACAUCAACGUCAUCUCGCACUACUGGAUAAUCCAGUCCUUCCUGCCCGACAUGAUCGAGCGGAACGAGGGCAGCAUCGUGGCACUCUCCUCCUGCGCAGGACUCUUCGGUCUGAUCAACCUGGUGCCCUACUGCGGCACCAAGUUCGCCGUCCGCGGCUACAUGGCUGCCCUCGCGGAGGAGCUGCGCCAGAAGAAUCCCCAGAACAACAUCAAGCUGACCACCAUCUUCCCGUACAUGAUCGACACGGGUCUGUGCAAGAACCCCCGCUACCGGUUCCCCAAGCUCUUCAAGCUGAUCUCCCCGGAGGUGGCCGCCGCCUCGAUCAUCGAGGCCCAGCGCCAGGGACUGGAGGAGGCAGCGAUUCCCCGCCACUUCGUCGCCGUGGAGAAGAUCGGUCGCCUGAUUCCCCGCAAGGCGAUGCGACUCGUGAACGACUUCCUCGACACGGGAGUGGACACCGAUAAGAUCUAGAGAGGAAGUUCAUCCAGAAGUUCUUCCAGAAGUUCAUCCAGAAGUUCCUCCAAAAGUUCUUCCAGAAGUUCUUCCAGAAGUUCUUCCAGAAGUUCAUUCAGAAGUUCAUCCAGAAGUUCAUCCAGAAGUUCUUCCAGAAGUUCAUCCAGAAGUUCAUCCAGAAGUUCCUCCAGAAGUUCUUCCACAAGUUCUUCCAGAAGUUCUUGCAAAGAAAGCCCCCCGCUUUCCCCACUAGAUCACAUAGCUUAAUAGUUUUCCUUUUUUUUCUUUUAAGAGGGGGUAACCUCUUAAUUGCCGUGUAAAGUAGAAAUAGUAGUAGUGGAGUAGUGCAACUAAUUAAUGCACGAAAAGUGAACUAAGCUAACCGAGCUCUGGCUGUUCAGCUGUUUAGCUGUUUGGCUGUUUGGCUGUUAGAAAAAGGUUGUUACUUAAUUAAAGGCGAACGUUGGUCGGGCUAAUUGUGUUGGUCGUAUAAUAAAGGUCUCCAAAGAGUAAUCCACUAA